UCACUGCACAAAUGAUCAUAGCUCCACAUCGUGACCACACUUUCCGGCCCUUCUUCACUGGCUUCCAGAUCAGUGUCCCAUAACAUAAGACAUGUCCGGGGACGAGAAAGGGGUGGUUAUGAUGGGGGCACCCCAAGGCUCAGCUCCCAUGACAACCACCGUGAUCAACAUCCACAGCGAGCCCCCCAUGCGCGACCAUGUCAUCUGGUCCCUGUUCAACACGCUCUUCAUGAACUGGUGCUGCCUGGGCUUCGUGGCAUUUGCCUUCUCCGUGAAGUCUAGGGACCGGAAGAUGGUGGGUGACAUGACUGGGGCCCGGAGCUACGCGUCCACUGCCAGGAGCCUGAACAUCGCUGCCCUGGUCUUGGGCGUGGUUCUGACCAUCGUUGUCAUCGCUGUUUAUGCCAGUACCAUUGGUUUCAUUUUCUUCCAGAUUAAGAGUCAACAGAGAGGCUACUCCUAGCUAUCCAUGGCCCAAGCCCUUCCCCACCUCACACUGCUGGCCCAGCAUCCUGGGCUGUUGGCCCUGACCCCUCACCCCACGCCUUUCCACAGCACCAUGUACAGACAUACCUGUCUACACCUGGAUUCAAUAAAGUUCACUGGCAUGUGA